AUGUCAUUCUUUCUCUCACACAGAUCUUCCAUAUGGGCUGGACGGAUAUGGGGACUUCUAUUAUUAAUACUGGCCAGAAGUGCGAGAGCAGACCUCGAUAAUGAGACUUCACCCACACAUCAGUUCAGAUCACGACCCGACCUUCACGCUCCUAUAAUAGAUUUUGAGAUAUUAAGACCAGAGCUUGUGACACCAGGCUACGUAUUUCUUGCUCCUUACCGCAACCUCGACCCGGGACCAUACAUCUACGACAACUGGGGUAAUCUGGUGUGGUCUGGUGCAGGAGAAAGUGGACCGAAGACGGCGCAUGCGCCAAGAGUGUGCACAUAUCGAGGGACUGAUCACUUGUGCUUCUUCGAGGGCGAGCAACACCAAGGCUUCGCUCGCGGCCAUGGCGUUAUCAUGGAUCGGAACUACAGGGUGGUCAAGACGGUGGACAGCUCGGGAGCAGGAGCGAGCGCUGAUAUGCACGAAUUCAAGAUGACACCGUACUCGAACGGGACCACAGUCCUUAUGACCGUGUACCAGCCGCGGCAGUACGACCUUACAAUCAACCCAAGAUUCAAUGUUGAGCGUGGCAUGGGUUGGAUUGUGGAGGGUGUUUUCCAAGAAGUGGAGAUUGAAACGGGCAAAGUGCUAUUCGAGUGGCGGUCACUGGACCAUGUGGACCCAAGCCUUAGCUGGACUAUGCCUGGAACCACAGAUACCAGCGGAGAUGGGCUUCACGAGGAGUCACCAUGGGACUACUUCCACGUCAACUCGAUCGACAAGAACAUCGAAGGCGACUAUCUAAUCUCAGCACGACAUGUGAGUGCGAUCUACAAGUUAUCUGGUGAAGAUGGGCACAUCAUGUGGCAGAUGGGUGGCAACGCUGCUACAAUACACACCACCAACUUCGUGUUCUCAUACCAGCACCACGCACGCUGGAUCUCUGAGAACGCCACGCAUACUGUCUUGUCUUUCUACGACAAUGGGAGCAACAACUUCAACCACACUGGAGACUUCUCGCAUGGCUGGAUCAUCGAGGUUGAUCAUAUAGCGGGAACAGCCGCGAAAGUGCAAGAGUGGACCGCUCCAGAGCCAGAAGGUGGUUUGCUGUCCGGCUCCCAAGGCAGUAUGCAGAUGCUGCCGAACGGCGGCUGCCACAUCGGCUGGGGUGAGCAUGCUUACUUCUCUGAACAUACUGCAGACGGCAGCGCGGUGAUGUAUGGCAAACUUGCAGAUCGAGCAUCGAAUGUGAUGAUUUACAGGUCGAACAAGUACAACUGGACCGGGACACCGGAGACGAAGCCAGCAUUGUGGACUUUCAGCAAAGAUGGACAGAAGAUGGCUUUCUUCGUAUCCUGGAAUGGUGCUACUGAGGUGCAAAGCUGGAACUUCUACACCGCGGACACCGCUGUUGGGAACUACACAUACCUUGGCAACACGAAGAAGAAUGGCUUCGAGACGGAUUUCCAUAUUGACAUGGCGAAGGCGUGGUCUUUCGCCGAAGCACUAGAUGUGUAUGGUCGAGUCCUUGCCUCGAGCGUCAUCGCACGAACCUUCAGACCGAGCAAGUACCUAGCACCAUUUUGUGACGAUUGGGGAUGCGAGAAGGCGGAAAGAGUGCCUGAAGAGAAUCUGGUGCCUUACGAGGCAGAAGUUGCGCUGAACCCGGACUAUCUCUCACCCAAUAGAGGAUUUGAUACCACCAACUACUAUAUGGAGGAGCCGUCGAACGAGACCACCGCGUACGGCCAGAACCUGCCACCUACGAGCGAGCAUAACAGCGCUCAUGAUGUUUUUCUCGUCGGCCUGGGUGCGACCAUUGGCUUCGUCAUCAUGACUGCUGGUCUCAUACUGCACAGCCACGGUGCGCUGAAGAGUCUCGAGCCCAUUGCUGAAGGUGUCAGUAGACGCACAGGCGAGAUGACGAAGACGGUCUUUGGAUCGAGGGCACUUGGCAGAUAUAGCCGUGUUCAUCAGAAAGAGGACGGGUUUGUCAGUGGGACUAGCAGUUCCAGGAGCAGUGGUGGUGGGUUGGCUUGA